UUUUUUAUUUUUUUUUAUAAACGAGAGUAUUUUUUCUUUACCGAGGAACAAAAUUCUAUCUUGUCGAGGGAAAAUGGCCACCGCCGAAGAAGCGGAAGUGUUGGCAGAAUUAGAGGCCGUGCAAGCAGUAUACGGAGACGAUUGCGUGGUUAUGGAUUCUUACCCUCCGCACCUCCACGUCCACAUCAAGCCUCGCACCGCCGAUGUCACUUCCCAACAGUUUGUGGAGGCACUUCUUGGCAUCCGAGGAGGUUCCCAGGUAUAUCAAAACAUAUACACACUCAUACUGAUGCAUAUAUGCUUUCAUAAGCAAAUAGAUGCAGUGUAUCCAAAGGAGCCACCUCAUAUUGAUCUAAUUGAUUCCAAGGGUCUUGAUGAACAAAGGCAAAAGGAUUUGGUGACUUGUAUACGAGACAAAGCAUUUGAACUCUCCUCGUAUUUGAUGCUUGUAGCCCUUUGUGAGGAAGCAGUGGAGAAGCUCACUAUUAUGAAUCACCCUGAUGGAGAUUGUCCAUUGUGUCUGUAUCCCUUGGUUCCAGAAGAUGGGCAGAAUGAAAAUUUUCCAUUCAUGAAGUUAAUGUCUUGUUUUCAUUGUUUCCACAGUGAAUGCAUUAUUAGGUGGUGGAAUUGGCUCCACACUGAAAAAGAAACCAAUGCUAGUGAUUCAUCCAGUGCAAUUGUCCGUCCUAUACAUUACGUGGAUAAUCAAAGAGACCCGCAUGGAGCAAUGGGAGAGGAUAUGGGAAUCUGCCCAGUUUGCCGCAAAGUUUUUCAUUCCAAGGAUAUUGAGCAUGUGCUUUGUUUGGUUGGCUCUCAUUCUUCUCAAUUGAAUGCUGAUGAUAUCGAAGUAGAUCAUAGUGAGAGGCUGCUUGAGUCUGAUUCCGAGAACAUUAGAAGACAAAAAUUUGAGACCAUACAAAGACUACAGCAAAACAAUGGUGGCUUAAUUGAACCCAAAAGAGAUCUACUUGUCUUGCCUGGUAUGUUUCUUCCCCAACCGGUUGCAUCUGCCGCCACUAUGUCAGCCAAAGAAUCCAGUGAGCAACAACAAACGGACCACCCCCCAGUCAACUCGGAAACGCAUUCCAGUGAAUCCUCAAUGCUUGCAACCACCAGUGUGCAAAGGCGCACUGGCAUGAUGAAGCACCAAGGAGGGAAUUCAAGAAAACAAGGCAAACAGACAGCUGCAUUGCCUAUAACCAUGUCAACCAAAGAUACUGCCGAGCAACAAAGAAGUGAUCCCACGGGCACCUCAGAAACACACUCUAUGGUUCCCACCGAUAGACCUAGCCCCAGUGAGCGCAGGAUCUCCGACUCCACGAGGCACAGGCAUCGGAACACAAGAAAACCAGGCAAGCAUUGGAUCAGAAAAGAUGAUGCUACGGCAGAGUGAUCAAUUAUAUGGUUAUUGUAUUUGUUCUCCCUUUGUUUUUAUUCAUUUUCAUCACUAAUUUUCACGUUUCAAGGAAAAGAUGCACAGCCGGAGCCUCUAGAGGUAAAAGGGAAAAUGGGCAGCUAGAAAUAAAGAAAUAAGAAUUAUGUAUUUCUAUGUAUUGCAUUAUCCAUUGUACCGAAGUAUCCCGAAA